GUUACGUGUGUGGUGGUUGGUCGUAAAUACCUGAGUAUUGACCGUUGUAGUCACACAUCAGGUGCGUAGGUGAUGACCUGACAUGACUACAAGUCUUGCAGUGGUCUCAGAUGAAGAGAGAAUAUUGUAAGAUUUAAUUAGCCUGUCAUUGGAACUUCCGCUCCCAUGCCAGCAUGUCACAUAACUGGUUAGUAGACUGAUGUACACGAGACAUCACAUCAAGAACUCACUGCACAGUAAAUGUCAGACUCAAAGAGACUGCCCUCUGCCUACUCUACCAAUCAUCCAUUGCCAUGGUUGUACUCCCUACUAAGAAUCUGCACCAGUUGCUGAAGUAAUAUGUCCUCCUUUACCCCGAGGCUCUCUUGUCAAGAUCUUGAUUAUGAAAUCUCGUCUACAGAGCUGUGACUGCUUAUUAGAUCUCCAAGUAUUUGAUUAGCCCAAGGAGCUUUGAUCAGCCUGGAGCCGAGAAGUGGCGUUCCUCCGAGAUACUGCGGGAACUCGAAACAGCCAAGACGUCACCACAGCUGAUAAUUUGUGAUGGCCAGUGGCUAAGUUGGACCAGUUAGCUACAUGUAGGACUCCUCUGUCUCUAUGUUACCACGUGCUAAAAGGUUGACGGUACAAAACACCAGGAGGAAAGAGCAAGGCUUAUGACAAUGCUGCCAAACUGGAUGCUAUCUCGCGGACAAGACAUCUGGACUGUAUUCUGUGUAGAGUCGAGGGUUUUAAGAACUGGGAAACUAUUUCUGCUGGUUUUCCUGCUGUUGACAGACUUGGUGAAGGGAAUGGAGUGGAUUGUACCAACAUAUCCAGUCACCACCCCAUAUGUUAACAGUAUGAAGUGCUGGACAUGUGAGGACGGUGCAGAAAAUAACUAUCACUGUAACAGGUGGGCACCUGACAUCUGGUGUCCUCAAGGCACAAAAUAUUGCUACACAUUCCACAGGAUGAGUGGAAACGAGAGUAGUCUGGUGGUUAAAAAGUGUGCCACGGAAGGACAGUGCACUGUGAAGUCUGUGGGAUGUAGAGAUUUUGAAGGGACCAAUACAAGAGAGUGCAUAUCCUGUUGUGAAGGGAAUGUUUGUAACCCAGAGGUGCCAAGAAAUGCGACUGAUGCGGUGUUUGCCACCCUCACGCCCUUGAACUCAGCAAAAAAAACAAACCCAUUCUUGUGGACUAUUUUAGGGUGCCUGCUUGUUUUAUAUUACAACAGCUACCGACUCUAUUCCUAGUCAACACCUUGGUAACUGGUAUAUGUAUUUUUUUCUGUAAAUAAUAUAUAUUGAUUAUAUACAAAGAUAAAUAUGUAACAUAUUGUGCUUUUGAGGAUGGUUCAUUUGUGGAAAGUGUUAUGUGCAGUAUUUCCAUACAGUGUAUAUACAUUUGUAAUUAAAUGAUAUUCAUGAUGUAGACUCAGCCAGACUGUUGGAAUGAUACUGGUCAGUCAUCAGAAAAAAAACAUAAAAAAGAACAUUUUUAAAAGUUUAUAAACCCCUCCUACCUGCUAGAGUGCCUGUGUGAAUUGUUGGAAACUUGUGAACAGUUUGUUGUUGAACAUUAUUGUAUUGUCACUGGCUAAGUAAUGAAUUAUUUUUACAGUCUAACAUGUCUGUUUACAAUGAAAAUUCACUAUCUUUUGUCCUGUGCAUUGUUUUAAGUUGUGAGUGGGUCUUCAACCAAAGGAAAUAUGUUUAAUGUUACAUUGAAAUGAUAUCUUUAA